UUUUUCAUUGUCUAGACCAUGUAAGUUCGAGAUUGGCCUAAUCUCACGUGUCCAUGGGAUGAUUCAUCCCAGCUCUGAUUUGUCUUCUACAUUUGCAGAAUAACUGAACCUUUCCAGGCCAUUUCCCAGAAACUUUUCUUCAGAUAUGUGUUAGUUCCAUCUUCACUGAUCUCUGGAUGAGGCUUCUGGGCAGCCUCUGGAUGGAUCUCUUCACCAUUUUACAGGCAGUACUUCCAGUGUUGGGCUCUCAAUUGCCUGAGCUCUCAGCUCCCGCACUUGACGGACUCCUUCAAAACUAUGCUUUCAAGGCCUUUGCCACGACAAGAACCGGCAUUCCCUGUAAUGUCCAUGUCCCCGUCAACUUUUCCGGCAUCGCCGUGUCGGCCCUGAGGCUGAGAAGUGGCAGCCUGAGAGCCAGAGGCUUCAGCAGUUUCAGAGAAUUCACCAUCCCAAUUGGGGUGGCCGAGCAGCCUUAUGUGAAGAGGCUGGUUUUUGUGUACCAGAACCUGGGCAAUUGGUCCUCAUUUUACUACCCUUUACCUGGCUACACCUAUCUGGCUCCAGUUCUGGGACUUCUGGCUUAUGAUGCCGCCUAUUUGGCUGCUGAAAACCUACCCCAAUUGGACAUAAGAGCCUCUGAAGAACCCAUCAUCAUCAAGUUUCGGGAUCUGAAGUUUUCGCCAAAUGGGCUAUUGCCGAAGUGUGUGUACUUUGAUUCUCAUGGCUCGGUGGAAUUCAACAAUCUGUUGGGUGGAAACAUGUGUUCAGCCACCAAACAGGGCCAUUUCUCCAUAGCUGCUGAAGAGCCACCAGAGUCUGGCGGAGGCGGAGGCGGCGGUCAGAGUGAGCAUGGAGAGCACAAUUAUGGUGAACUGUGGGUGAUUCCUGGGGCUGUUUUUGCUUUGUUGGUUUUACUGGGUAUGCUGGUUUUGUGCUUGAAGAUGUGUAGAGACAGGAAAAGGAUACACAAAAUGGAACAGGCCCAACAGGGUUCAGAAGGAAGGAGUGAACUGGAAAGAGUUGGUGUUGGGAAUUCAAUUAGAAUGCCAAUGGCAUUGGGGACUAGGACAAGGCCAGUGCUGGAGAAUGAGUAUUUGCUUUGACAUCCAUCAAUGGGAAUUGGACUAUAAACUGUUUAGCAUUCUCUGUUCAUUGAACUCUCCAUGAAAUUUUCUAUUCAUUGAGAAUCUACAAUUAUUAUUUUUCAGAUAUACAUUGAGUACAUCAUCAAUGAAAUAUAUACAAAAACGAUAAACCACGCACACCCAGCUUAUAUUGCAUAUGUGAACUAUGUCAUUCUUUCAUAUUUUAUCAGUGUUUUCCUGAGUAUGGGCUGAGCACUGGCCAUUGGUUUCCAUUUUGACAGGAAUUAGUCUUGGAAUGUGAAGGGCAUUUACAGUCACACCGAGGAGGAAAGCGACCAUUCUUGUCAAUGGCAUCUUUAUUCUUGGCAAGUGGCAACUGUCCAAGGGUCAAAAGCAAUUCUUUCCAAAAUAGCUUUUUUCUUCAAAGAAAAGUAUCUUGGGCCAAAAAAUACAAAAGAGACAGAAGUAUAAGCAGCAGUUAUUAAGGAGAGAUGAGGCCCAAUUGUGAAGCAAGAGCCCAACUAUAGGGAAAGAGAGGCCCAGGAAUGGGCCCAUUAGGGGAAAGCCCAAUUUUGAGUACCUUCUGGAAAUAUUAUAUUAAUGGCUAUAGGCCAUAUUGUGGAACCCCAAUUUGCGUGUGAGACGACGACGACGACGGCUGUGGAUCGGAGAAAUAUAGCCGGAGAGAAAGCGUGAGCUGAUAAGCGAGAAGGCGGCGAUGGGAAAGACGCCGGUGAG